AUGUUGCAUGGCGCAUAUUUUAGAGACUCUGAUGAAGACGAAGAUAUUAUUUCAGGAACCUCUCAAGAUCCUCUGAGUAUCACCACUGGAGUUCCAAGAGCUUUUAAAGCAAAGAAUGAUGUGCUUGGGCAUGAAAUUGUCAAAGAAAUUGAGUUCCAGAAAGAUCACAUUCUUUCAGUUUAUGAUACCAAGACUAUGGCUCUGGAAUUGUGUUCCCCUCCUGUUUCAAAAUACUUUGUAAUGGCUCUGGACUCUCUCAUAGAGUCUAGCUUGAUCCAGAUCAGGCACUUGAAGAUUUCAGGUGCGAGUGUAGGGACUUGCUCCAAGAUCCUGACUGUGAUAACGAAGCAUAAAAGGUGCCCCUUGACUGUUGAUUUGAAGAUUAAGGGUAAAUCUUCUCUCAAAAUCGGUAAAAAUAUUGGUAAACUCCUGAAAUGGAAAAAGAAUGGAGACCUCAGAGGUAUCAAAGAGACUCAGAUUCUGUGACUCGAAGACCUUCAGAUUGAUAACCCUGAUAUUCUCUGAGCUAUUUUUGGGAAGAAAAUUUAUAAGAAAGGGCCAAUCUGAUUGGUCGAAGAGCUAAUCAUGCAAGAUAUGGGGCUCACGGAUGAGACUCUACAAAGUUUUGAUGAAGACAGUAGUAAUCUUUUCGCAUCUUUUGCGUUAUUGAAGCAUUUCUCAUUUUCUGGGAAUCAUUUAAGCAUCCAUGGAAUUCACUGGAUCACUAAAGGGAUGAUCAAGACUGAAAAUUUGUUCUUAAAAAAGAUCAACUUGAGUAGGAUGGGAAUUGCGUCGAAAGGAGUAAAACUAUUUGUACAGGGAUUAUCCAACUGCAAGAUGUUGAAACACCUUGACUUCCGACAUAACAGUAUUGAUGAUUCUGCCAUGGCCGAUCUUUGACUGCUAGUUGAUCCAUAUUCAUCAAUAAGAAUCAAGUUGACAUCAUUAGACUUGAGUUAUAACAGGCUAACUAGUGUGGGAUGUUCACGCCUAUUGAUAUGCUAUAAGUCCAAGAAGACUAAAACCAUGAAGAAAAGCACUAAACCUCCAAGGAAAUGAAGUUUAAGACAGAUCGAUAUCUGAGGAAACAAGAUCGAUGUUGGGAUCAUCAACUCUUUCAGGGCUGCUCUCGAAAGCAGCCGAGUGCUUUCUCAAAAGGAGAUUUCGAGUUGCAUCAAGAAGUGUCUCUCAGCUGAUCAGGAAGUGAAGAGUAUGGAUUUAAGAGAAAUAGCCUACUCUGUAGCAUCUAAAGAGAUGAAAAAUGACUCCAUCCCGAGUAUCAGGUUUACAUUGACCAAGCAGAGGAGGAAUAAACAAAAUGACGAGAAUAAGAACAGCAUGAAUACCCGUGAGAAAGUCAUGGAUUAUUCUGAGAAGGUCAGAGAAAUGAACAAGAAAGAGACAUUACUGAAUUCAAAGCCGAGUUAUUAUUCCAAACAACGCAGUUGUAACUCUGAAUCGGCAUAUAGCAUUGAGAAAUCUGGCCUGUCUGACUCAACUGACAACUUUGUGACCAGUUAUCAAAAAUAUAGAGAAAUAAGGAGCGAAAGAGUCGAAUCUGCUAUUAAAAUUCAAGACAGGACCGAAAGGGUCGCUGAAGAUUGUGAUAACAUCUCUCUUGACUACUCUUUAUCCUCUUCUGAUGACGCUCAAGAGGAGACUAAGACAAUCUCCUCUGUAUCUGAUUACUACAGUGCAGGGAAGAGCAAAUUCAUUGAGAAGGUUGACCAGAGCACACUUGAUUUAGCAUCUGAUUUCCAUCGCUAUAAGGACCAGAUUGAGAAUGCAACUAUCGAUAAGAGCUCUUGAGGUAUUACUGACUCUGUUGGCAAUACUCUGUCAGAGAUCUCUGAGAGUGUGGAUACCCAGAAAGAAGCCAUUAUCUCCAACUAUAAUAAGCUAUUGAAGGAUAUUAGAGGUGUUAUAAAGACUCAGAGGCAGAAUAUCUUGCAAAGAACACAUCAGUUUGAGUCUUCCUCUGAUAGUGACUAUUAA